AUGAAUAAUUGCGUUCUCCUGGAAGAGCAGCUGAUCAAAAAAUCCCAGCAGAAGAGAAGGACCUCUCCCUCCAACUUUAAAAUGCGCUUCUUUGUUUUAACCAAAUCCAAGCUGGCUUACUUUGAGCAUCGCCACGGGAAAAAAAGAACUUUGAAGGGCUCCAUUGAACUGUCCAGGAUCAAAUGCGUUGAAAUUGUGAAAAGUGACAUCACAAUUCCCUGUAACUAUAAAUAUCCUUUCCAGGUUCUUCAUGACAACUACCUGCUGUAUGUGUUUGCACCCGAUCGAGAGAGCCGGCAAAGAUGGGUGUUUACUCUGAAAGAAGAAACCAGGAACAACAACAAUUUGGUGCCGAAGUAUCAUCCAAAUUUUUGGAUAGAUGGGAGAUGGAGAUGCUGUGCCCAGACAGAGAAGCUGGCAGCCGGGUGUAUAGAAUAUGACCCCACCAAGGACGCCUCCAAGAAGCCUCUUCCUCCCACUCCUGAAGAUAACUGGAGGUUGUUGCUAGAUCCCAAGGAUGCUUUAGCAAUGGCCAUAUAUGACUACAAGGUUCAGAAUCCCCAGGAGCUGACCUUACAGCGCGGUGAGGAGUACUACGUUCUCGACAACUCUGAGGAUCAUUGGUGGAUGGUUCAGGAUAAGAAUGGUCACGAGGGAUAUGUACCAAGCAGUUACCUGGUGGAAAAAUCACCAGACAACCUGCAAAUAUACGAAUGGUACAAUAAGAAUAUCAGCAGAAGCAAAGCAGAAAUACUCCUCAAAGAUGAGGGUAAGGAAGGUGCCUUCAUGGUGAGAGAUUCGAGGCAGCCUGGCAUGUACACGGUCUCCGUUUUCACCAAGGCAUUAAGCAACGACAACAACCCAGUUAUCAAGCAUUAUCACAUCAAAGAGACUGAUGAGAACCCCAAGCGGUAUUACUUGGCAGAAAAGCACGUGUUUGACUCCAUCCCCGAACUCAUCAACUACCACCAGCACAACGCAGCAGGACUCGUCACUCGUUUGCGGUACGCUGUUUGUUCCUGGAGAGAAAAGGCCCCUAUCACUGCAGGUCUGAGCUACGGAAAAUGGGUCAUAAAUCCUUGGGAGCUAACAUUUGUGCAGGAGAUUGGCAGCGGUCAGUUUGGGCUGGUCCAUCUUGGCUACUGGCUGGAUCAGACUAAAGUCGCUAUAAAGACCAUUCGCGAAGGAGCAAUGUCAGAAGAGGACUUUAUUGAGGAGGCCCAAGUCAUGAUGAAGCUCUCUCAUCCCAAGUUAGUCCAGCUGUAUGGCGUGUGCAUGGAACAGGCUCCCAUAUGCCUGGUGUUUGAGUUCAUGGAGCAUGGCUGUUUGUCGGAUUACCUCAGAAACCAGCGGGGCAGCUUCUCCAAGGAAACUCUCUUAGGGAUGUGCCAAGAUGUGUGUGAAGGGAUGGCUUAUCUGGAGCAGGAUUCUGUCAUUCACAGAGACCUGGCAGCUCGGAAUUGUUUGGUAGGAGAAUCCCAAGUCGUCAAAGUGUCGGAUUUUGGAAUGUCGAGGUAUGUCCUUGAUGAUCAGUACACUAGCUCCACGGGCACCAAAUUCCCAGUCAAAUGGUCUGCCCCAGAGGUUUUCUCCUACUCCAACUACAGCACCAAGUCUGAUGUCUGGUCAUUUGGAGUGUUGAUGUGGGAGGUCUUCAGCGAAGGCAAAAUCCCUUACGAAAACCGGACCAACGCAGAGGUGGUGGAAGAAAUCAAUGCAGGACUCCGGCUAUAUAAACCCAAGCUGGCCUCCAAGGCCAUGUAUGAGCUCAUGAGCAGCUGCUGGAACGCGAGGAAAGAAGACCGACCCCCCUUCUCUAUCCUGCUCUAUCAGCUGAGUGAGAUCUCUGAAUUUGACCUUUAA